AUGGCCAGCUCGCACAACCCCCAGCUGGGAUCAGACCCGUACUUCGCAUACCCCACCCCCGCCCCUGAACAAGUAGAAUCAGAACUACCGCCGUACUUUCAAGAUGAGAACGUACCUCUGGGGCUGGUCCUGGACCGCUUCGCCAAAAAAAGCAACCAUGACCUUCGAGUGUUGCUGGGAGAAACACUUCCAAGACUCCCUGCUAAAGACCGGCCCAAGCCCAUAAUUGAAUAUGCCAAAACCACUCGACAAGCCCUGGUUAAAUACCUGGCAGUACUCCGCUGGAAGACUUCUGUCGACAUCCCUGCGCAUCUCACCGCUGCACCCCCACUCACUACAUCAGUGGGCCCGACGUCUUUCCCAACUCCUCAUUCGAACGGAGACAUGGAGUCAUCUCCCUCAUAUCAAAGUCUUAAUAAGCCCAAGUCCGAUGAGGAGAAGAAAUCCCUGCAAGGAAAGGUGACGGACGCGAAGCGGAUAGCUCAUUUCCUCGAGCACCAGAAUCAACAACACGAACUAGCGAUAGAGCAUGCCAAGCAUGUCGUCAAUGUCGUGGAAGGUUUAAGGGAACGGAAUCCUGAUAUCCUUACAGCAUUGUCGCUGCAGAUAAACGGCACAUACAAUCGACUCCCCACUUCCGUUGUCGACCUGUACCUUCCCAAACAACCCUUGACCAACUCCUCCAUACUCAAAGUUCUGCGGAAGCUUAACCAACAAAUACGAUAUAGGCUUCGAUGCCUUGAUCAUGUUCCUUCGGACUUGAUCAUAGAGGGAAUCAAGGACGGCCGGGUGUAUGUCAGGGGAAGUCAUUGGAGAGCAGAGUUGACCGUAGUCGGAUUUGGGGACGCCAGCAGAUGGUGGCUGACUGGUCUGGCAUGGGGAUGGAAAGCCAAGGAUAGGGGCAUAGAUGAUCCUGGAGGGAUGCCUGGGGACUCGAAGCAGAACAAAAGGUUUACUGGGGACGAAUUGCAAGGCAUACUGGACCUGGUCAACGCAGAAGUGCUAGUCCCCCGAGACGUGUCCCUGGGAGAGGUCGACCAAGAUCUUCAGUUGGACAUCGAGCCAUACAGUAAGACAUCGGUUGAUGCUCCUCUGAGCAGGCUGUACAACAUCAUUGAACAUCUUUCUCUGAAUUACCAAAUGGAGACCUUGUAUUCACAGGCUGUGGUCCUGAGUCAAGGAAGAUGGAGGGGGCAUUUGCUUCCUGAAAUCGACAGGAUCGCCAAAACUCUUCGGCUCAGAUAUUGGAUACGACAUGCACCAGACUCCUCAAGACGUCUCCACUCUCAAGGCCAAAAACCCGCCUCGUCUCCUUUGAUCUUCGGUGGGAGCCUCCUGAUAUCCACAUCAGAGAGCAACACGUUGAAUUCACCUCUCGAGGACCUUCUGAACGACAUAUCCCUUUGUGAAGCGAAGUCAUGCGAAAGGUCUUUGAAAAUGGAGCUCGCAAUCAAAUGGAUUGUUGAGGAGGGGGGCGCCGGAGGCGGCAUGAAUGCAGGGGAUGUGAUGGACAACUUGCAACUACAACUGAACCCAGAAAGCUUGACGGUCGAGGACUUGCUAUCUGUGGCCACUCGGACCCACGCUGCCCAUCUUACACGCGCAUACACUGUCCCACUUUACAGCUCCCCUCGGCUUAUCGUGGCUGCACCUCCAUUCUUCGAGUCGUCCACGGACUCAACCGAACGUCCAUUGACCUUUCUCAUACCCCUGCCUUCGCGUCAAACACAAUCUCGUUCCAAUCUGGGAAUCGGAGUCAGCUCGUCUACUGGUCUUCUUGAGAUUGUUGACGAAGGCGCUAAAUUGGAUGGCGCGAGAAAAGAUAGGGCAAGGACAUCAUCCAAUAAUGUCAAUGACAAUAAGUCGAGCUUAUCGGACGAAGUCUGGCGAUUGAGUGUGGCUGCUGUCAUGGACAAUAUGGAGACGCAGCUCCGGCAGCUGGGCUAUCAUCCUACCCGACACAUCCCUCUUCGAUUAAAAGAAUUAGUCAAAGCGAAUCUGCAUCCCCUGUCGACACUGUUCCUUGCCCUUCCUGCAUCCCCCUACCAUUAUUUUGUCACACAAGUCCAACCUCCCAUGGGCCCAGCUAUGGGUAUCGACUUCCAGAUUAUCAAGUUGGUCCCAUCUUCGAGUGACUCUGGUAUCGGGACAAAAUGGGAUGUAGGCGAUCAGACAAGUGUUUCGCUUGAGAAACUGCGGGCCAGACGCAAGAUAGACGCCGCCGAACCCCAGAUUACGCCGCCUUUAUACGAGGUCGACAACCACGAUUUGAAAGAGCUCUGUAUCCUUUCUAAUGCUUUGGUCGCUCAAAAUAUUGUUGAACAACAACUCAAAGAUCGCUCCAUCCCUUACACAUCUGUUUUCCCGCCGCCAUCUGGUCCUGCAUCACCCAAAUCAAACUCCCCUUUGGCAGGGAUGAUACCCACCCUAUGUGUGGAUGUACGCGACCUAUUGCGAUCUUUGGGGCGGAAAGGUGCAGGGGCAGGAGAAGCUGCGGUGGAUGUUGCAUUCCCUAAAGUCUGGCUUCAGAUUGAAGGGUGGUGGGAUGGAGGGUUGUGUGAGGUAUCAACUAUCGUCGUCCUUCGCCACCAGCCCAACAUGCCUUCAGCGGAUUCAGUCAAUCCAUUGGUAGAUGGGGUAGACACAGAUGGUGAUGAGGCUCAUGAGGCUAGGGCAGAGGGUAUAUUUUUCGAUCCCCUGUCAAGUAUAGUUCGGUUCAAGGCAAAAACCAUCAACCAAUGUGUACCAUCAUUCCUAGAACAAUGGGAAAGGCUCAGUAAGGUGAUAGCGGUUGCCGGCGAAGUCAACCGGCUGAAUCAGAAACCGGUUCUUGCAGAUGUCAAGCUUCUAUCAUUCGACUUACGGAAAGCCUCUCUGCAGUACGCCCCGAAUCACAGCGCAUCCGUCACAUAUUCGCCAAGCAAUGAUUCUUAUCAGAUCACAUUCUCCUUAUCAAUACCCUCGUCGUCAUCACCCAAUCCUCCUGCAAGAAGUAACCCACAUACUCUACUGGCAUCGCUCUUUAGCGCCAAGCUCAAUGAGCUGACUGCUCAAUCCUCAUCCGCCAUGAGGCAGAAGGGGGAAGUUGGCUACCAGCUUUGUGGUCUGUUGCAGGGCACAUUGCCAAUAUUGAGUCUGUCAGAGGAUAUGAGGGUACAGGGAGCCUCCGGCUGGCAGCUAGUAGUCCUUGAUAUCACAAGAUUUCAGUUUGUCCGGGAUUACAAGCAGUGUCGCUAUGUGCUUCUUGUCACCCUUCUGCCAGAUCUCAGGCACUACCUGAUACAGGACGGAUCUCUAUUUGAAGAUUCCAGCGGCGUUGACAGCUAUCUCGGAUUUCUGACACCUAUCCCAGACUCCGAGAAUUUGUUCUUCAAUGCCCUCAAGACUUUUCCCAACUCAAAAGUCGGUGCAGCUGAGGCACCGACUCUGGUAUCGGGUCUUUCAGACAAGGGGCUGUAUAUGGAAUCCUCAAGCAUGGUGCUUGAUGGUGGGAAAGCUGUCAUGUGUGGAAUUGCGGAAUCCGGUUCGUUGAUGGCAAAACUACUUUCUCUGAUUGAGGGUUCAUUCUGA